GACAAAAGGACUGGCCAGUCCAAUCAAAUCAUCUAGACAUGGAUUACUUAUGAAUGGGGUCGGUCUAUGCGCAUAUACUCAUAUAUAUAAGAAGACUCUAAGCCUGCAGCACUGGCAACGGAAUCGGUCCAGCCAAAUGGCACAACGCACGCUCCAUUCUGCUUCGACAAGAAGCCCGUAACCUACAUCUCAAUCAUUGUUACAGCAGCCAGUAAAUCAUGCGACCUUCUUUUCUCGUGCGCGGAGUACAGGGUCUGGGUGUGGCUAUCAAAAAGGAAUACCCCGAUCUUAUCAAGACAUACAACAAUCGAUGGACAGACCCCGCUAUUCAGGGCAAGACAGUCGCCCUUGACGCUACCUUGAUCACAACGAGAUUCUUCUAUACGCAAAUGGAAGAUGAUGCUCUCGAGAGUAAGAGGAUCGUUAUGAAUUGGCACCGCCUCAUAAGCAGUAUGAAGGAAGCUGGUGUCAAACCUAUCGCUAUAUUUGACGAACCUGGCCCUCGCGAGUGGAAGGCUCGAGAGCAUCUUCGACGACAAGCCCAACGUUCGCUCAAUCUCGCACGGUCACUACUCGAAGACGCCCGCCGAGAACGCUUGGUCAAAGUCGAGAAUGUCUUACAGGAAGCUAGGGCUCUGCUUCAAACCGAGCAGCUUCCUGCGGGAACCGAGGUUGAUAUUGAGAACGAACUCUUAAACCUGGACGAGCUCGCUCUGACUUCGGAGUUCACAGCCGUCAACGAGGACCCAGGCAGGAAGACGCUGCACGAGGCGUUGCUCCUCUUGCGAGAGUGUCGAGCUUCGAGCCGUCCGGGAGAGAAACAUGCGACCAGGUCCGUCGACCAAAUCCUCAUCGAUCGAUCCAUGGAAGAGGAGGGUGAAGCUGGAGCCGCCGACGUCGCCAAGGUGGAGCCACGUCAGGACGCUAUGAUCGGCGGCGGUGAUGCUGCUUCGGACACCGCCCACCCCGAUUCCGGCCUCGCCGCUAGCCUGAAGCAUGUUGAAGAACAGCUGGCUCGUAUGCCUCGCAUUGACGCGGAAGCUGAACCGUCUGUCGAGACUGAUGUAGCGGGUGAUCCGAUGCUUCUCGAGCGGCAGGAGGAUGACAUCGGAGACAUUGCCACGGUUGUCGUCGAGCCUUCACUCGAGUUCACCGAGACGGUUCGUCAGAUGGCGUUAACGGCCAACGAGAAUUAUAUUGUUUCGGAUAUCAUCAAAACGAUCACAUCCGAUUCGCCUUCUCAGCUCGCUCUCCUUGAACGCCAACAAGAGCUGCGGGACUUGCAGGAUCGCGCGAAAGAGGUUUCAAAGACUUACGAACGUAGUCACGCCAAGCCGACAGCACAGGAUAUGGAAGAGGCGCGAGAGCUUCUCGAGGUUAUGGGUGUACCUAUCGUACAGGCACCAUCACCAUACGAAGCUGAAGGACUCUGCGCUGCGAUGGUUCUGAGCGGGAUGGCCGACUUUGCGGGAACCGAAGACUCGGAUGUCCUCGUCUACGGGGCUCUCUUGCUGAAGAACGUUGGUACCAGUACUCUUCCUCUUCAGUCGAUUGACGGCGAGGAACUGCGCACGACUCUUGACAUGACCAAUGAGCAGUACAAGGACUUCUUGAUCUUGUGCGGCACCGAUGCCUGCGAGCGGAUUCAUGGAAUCGGAUUCAAGCGAGCUCUGAAGCUGAUCAAGGAACACAGUACCAUCGAGAUGGUUCUUGACAAUGCUCAAUCGAAGAAAGUCCCUCUUCGAAGGUUGACCCAGGAAGGAUAUCUCGAGCGGGUCGGAGCGGCUAGACGAGUCUUUAGCGACUUACCAAGCCUUCCUACCGAGUUCGAUCUGCAACAACGAACUGUCGAGCCUUCCUCGGUUGACGAGUUCUUGAGGAAUCGACAUGGAGUCGCGACGUUGAACGACACCGAUACCGUCAGUCUCGGAGACGAGGUUCAGCUGGACUACCAUCCUGCUGAGUCGGAUCUGUGGAUCGAGCCCGACCUGCCUAGAGACGUCCCGGACUGGAUGGUCGAUAGCGAUCCGCCGAUCCAGGAGCGAUGACGACAUACGUAUACGACUUACUAUUUACGAUACACGACACAAUGACGACCUGUAACAUCUAUUUUAUGCUUACGAAACAAUCCCCUCUCUGG